AUUUCUAUACAGGCAAAGCCAAGGCACCGUCGUGAAUCGCCUCAUGUGUUCAAGGACCUCAAGAUGGCCAUGCUGGCAGAACCCCGCAGAAAGCAGAAAUGGUCUGUGGAUCCUAGGAACAGCGCCUGGAGUAAGGAUGACUCUAAAUUCGGCCAGAAGAUGCUGGAGCGAAUGGGCUGGUCCAAGGGCAAGGGAUUGGGGAAAACCGAGCAGGGAGCUACAGAGCACAUCAAGGUGAAAGUAAAAAACAACAGCCUUGGCCUGGGCACUAGUACCAGUAAUGAGGAUAAUUGGAUUGCACAUCAGGACGAUUUCAAUCAGCUUCUGGCAGAUCUCAACAACUGCCAUGGCCAGGACACCACCAACGAACCUGCACAGGAGGACAAACAGGAGAACUUCAGCCUGGAGCAGAAGUCCAAGUCUUCCAGGAAGAGGGUACACUACAUGAAGUUCACUAAAGGAAAAGACCUAUCCAGUCGCAGUGAAACUGACCUGGCAUGCAUCUUUGGGAAGAGGUCAAAGCCAUCAAGAGACCAAGAUGAGAUCAAAGCCAGCAGUGUUUGUUUGGGCCCUGGGAGCAGAUCAGGCCUCUGGCCCCUUCCUGUUCUCCUCUUCAUCUUCAAGGACAGUAGUGGUCAAGACUCACAGGAGGAGGUGGAGAAGGAAAGCAAGGCAGUGGAACCAGAAGCGGUGACCAGUAGCAAACCCGAGGAGCCCGAGUCCAACACGGUCACCAGCACUCUGACCAUGCAGGAGUACUUUGCCCAGCGCAUGGCUCAGCUGAAGAAGGCUCGCGCAGGAGCGGCGGUCCAGUCCACUACGCCGAGUCCAACUGACGGCGGAACCAACGGCCUCCACACACCCACACCCUCUACCUCUGAGACCCCAGUGGACAGCCCCAACAUCAGCGACACGGAGCAGCAGACGAAGAAGAAAAAGAGGAAGAAAAAGAGGGAGAACGAUGAACAGAGCGUUGGAGUUGGAGGUGUGGAAGCUAUGGAGACUGUUGUCGUUGCUUCUGAGGAGACUACGGAGCAAAACCACUCCUCUUCCUCUGAGAGGAAAAAGAAGAAGAAGAAGAUGCGAAACACAGAAAAGGAAGAGGAGGAGAUGGCCGUAGAGGAGUGUGCCACACCUGCACCUGUGCAGGAGGACUCUGAGGUGACCGAGAACAUCUCCACAGAGAAGAAGAAGAAGAAGAAGAAACAGGAGCAGGAGCAGGAAGUGGAGGCGGAGGUUGUGGAGGCAGACCAGGGGAACAGUCAGGGCAGUGGAGAGACCAAAGCGGAGGAGACGGGCGGUAAAACUAAGAAAAAGAAAAGGAAGAGAGAGGACAAGGAGGAGCCGCAAGAGGAGGAAGUGCUCGCAGUUGAACAGAAAAAGUCUAAAAAGGACAAAAAAAAGAGAAAGAAAGAUCUUGACUAGGGAUGCUGGCCUAGAAAUGUCUUUCCUAACAUUCAAGUAAAUGUGGUUUCUCUUCUACAUCCCAUCAGAGAGCCUUGAAAAGAACCUUGAGGUCUUCAGAUAGGGUUGCAAUGAAUUCAUGAAUUUACUUUGGCUUUGCAGCCCAUUAUUUUCAAUGGACAAGGAUGGACCUCUUAAUUGUAAUUGUAACUUGAGUGAUAACAUUUAGUUACAUUUGACUGUAUAAUUGCCCCAGUUGCCAGUUGUUUGACUCCCCAGUGUUUUCAUCAUUAAUCCAUUGUAUUUCUCCUCUCAGAAUGCCACUGCUUUAUUUAUAACCUGUUUGUGACUAUACAAGAAAGACUGGACAGGAUUCCACCAUCAUUUAAACCUCUUAAUCUGUUUUUUAUUGUCUGACAGUUGUAAUUAUUACAGCUGACUUUGUAAAUUACUCCAAUUUGGAGACCAACUCUCCUAUGAAAUCUUUGCUAUUAAUGCCCCAUCCACUUCAACCAAAUGACUACCAUGUAGCCUGUAUGGUGAUCUGUUGAACUUGACUUAAUAAAGAUUUUAGUGGCG